AAAUCCCUCCACUCUAUUCUAAAUGAGUUUUAAAUUUUAUAAAUUAUCUCUUCCGUGCAGAGCUUCAAGAGCACGACGCAUUUUGAGAAAUUCGCUCGUUGGGAAACAUUUCGCAAACAUGUCUGAGCCGAAGACCGUCAGGGGCGCGGCGAUCAAGCGAGUCGAAAGCUUUCCUGCAAUUGAAGGGAAAGGCAAACUCUUGGCAGUUAUCGGAGACGAGGAUACCUGUGUGGGGUUCCUCUUGGGAGGUGUCGGAGAGAUCAACAAAAAUCGUCAUCCCAACUUUAUGGUUGUCGACAAAAAUACUGCAGUGAGUGAAAUCGAAGAAACAUUUAAGCGUUUUAUCAGAAGGGACGAUAUCGACAUUAUUUUAAUUAAUCAAAAUGUGGCUGAGAUGAUUCGACAUGUGAUUGAUAGUCAUACUCAACCUAUUCCCGCAGUAUUGGAAAUUCCCAGUAAAGAUCAUCCAUAUGAUGCAAGCAAAGACUCGAUUCUUCGACGUGCAAAGGGAAUGUUCAACCCUGAAGAUAUUCAUUAAUGCGUGUACAAUAAAUGCAUGAGUCACCAUUGACUACUAUGUAUAAUAAAAGUAUUUUCCAACUGUCUAGUAUUUAUUAGUUUAAUCUCUAGGAAUUGUUGUUCUUGUGAAAUUAUAUGUGAAAAAAAUGGAGAAUUAUAAACAUUCCAAUAUAUUAUGAA